AUAGUCAGCAGUAGGCGGCUUGUGUCUACUUUCUCCAUAAACCUCUCUCUCACUUUCUCGGGAAAUCUGAUUCCCACACCGAGAAACAACAUGGCGGCUAGAUUCAUUCUCCGUCGAAGUUCCCAGAUCCUCCACCGAUCUAUCCAAAACCAUCCCCAAAUCUUCCAAUCCCCUAAACCAAUUCUCCACCCCUUAACCACCACCACCGCCUCACCAGAUCUCACUUCCCUCACCCUCCUCAGAUCCCUCUCCACCCUCCGCCGCGGCCCAACCCGGCCCAAAAAAAUCGACAUCGGAGCCAAAGCCCGUCAGAUGCAAAACCGCCGCCUCUGGACCUACGCGCUAACCUUCAGCUGCAUCGCGGGGUUCGUCGUCAUCGUCCUCAACCAGUUCCAAGACCAGCUCGUCUUCUACCUGACCCCCUCCGACGCCAUGGAGAAAUUCGCCGAGAAUCCGACCAAAAACAAGUUCCGUCUCGGUGGACUCGUCCUCGAAGGCAGCGUCGCGCAGCCCGCGGCGUCGCAGGAGAUGGAGUUUGUUAUAACGGAUCUGAUUACUGAUAUUUUGGUUAGGUAUAAAGGGUCGUUGCCUGAUUUGUUUAGGGAAGGGCAUUCGGUUGUUGUUGAAGGUUUUAUUAAGCCGUUUAGUGAUGAGGUGAGGAAGGAGGUUUCGAAGAAGGCGGUUUCGGGGAAGGCGAGGGGGAUUGAUUGUUAUUUUUCCGCGACCGAGGUUUUGGCUAAGCAUGAUGAGAAGUAUAUGCCGCAGGAGGUUGCUGCGGCGAUUGAGAAGAAUAAGAAGAUUAUUGAGGCGAAUCAAGUGAGUGCUGAAGCUGCUAAAGUUGCUUCGUAGAUGUUGCAAGUUCGAGAUUUUUGGUGGUAUUGUUGAUCUUUUGAGAUAUAUAAAUUGAUUUAUUAUAGAUUCCGGAGUGUCGGGAAUGUUUUUAUUCCUGGAAUACAUUGAUUUGAAUUUGAGAGUUAGGAGGAGAAAGGAGAUACACUAAACUAUAUAGCUUUGUCUGAUCCCACAAAGCUUGAGCUAAUCUGUUUUCUUGUUAUAUUGAUCAAAUAAAGGUAAACACUUUCAUGAGGGAGUGUUUGGCUCCUCGUGUUGUUUUUGGAUGUGUUGUUUUGCAUACAGAUUUGAUUUGUCUUGUAGUAUCAGAAACUUAUUACCAAAGUAGGCGCAUGUGGUGACCUUGUUCUUAUUAAUACCAGCCUGCUAAAGAGAACUCACAUAUCUUCCUUUUUCCGGAGUUUUCUGUUAUGGUAGUAGAGCUUCUUCUUACUCAUUCCUUCUAUACAUCUUAUUUUCCAGCAAGGAAAUUCUAGCCCUGAAGAUUGUACUUUUAAAUC